GGAAAGCGCGGGGGCGGAGGCUGGCAGGGGGCGCUGGAGGCAGGAGCCGCCCGAGCGCUCCGAGCGCCCGAGGGUGCAGGAGGCUCUGAAACCGCGGCAGCGCCGCAAGCCUCCGGGGCCCGGGCGGCGGCUGGGCGGGGAGGUUGGGGGGGCGCUGCCGCCGCCGGGGGCGUCGCCGGCCUCAGCCCCUUUGUUCUCGCGCGCUCCCCCUGGCCGCCCACUCCCCUGCUGUCGCACGGCGGCUGCUCCUCCCGCCCGAGGCAGUCGGGCUCUGCGCCGGGGGCGGGAGGGGGCGGGGGGAGCGUGCCUGCCGCCGGGAGUGGGGGGCGAUGGCGAAGCUCCGGGUGGCUUACGAGUACACGGAAGCCGAGGACAAGAGCAUCCGGCUCGGCUUGUUUCUCAUCAUCUCCGGCGUCGUGUCGCUCUUUAUCUUCGGUUUCUGCUGGCUCAGUCCCGCGCUGCAGGAUCUGCAAGCCACGGCGGCCAACUGCACGGUGCUGUCGGUGCAGCAGAUCGGCGAGGUGUUCGAGUGCACCUUCACCUGUGGCGCCGAUUGCAGGGGCACCUCGCAGUACCCCUGCGUCCAGGUCUACGUGAACAACUCCGAGUCCAACUCCAGGGCGCUACUGCACAGCGACGAGCACCAGCUCCUGACCAACCCCAAGUGCUCCUAUAUCCCUCCCUGUAAGAGAGAAAAUCAGAAGAACUUGGAAAGUGUCAUGAAUUGGCAACAGUACUGGAAAGAUGAGAUUGGUUCCCAGCCAUUUACUUGCUAUUUUAAUCAAUUUCAAAGACCAGAUGAUGUGCUCCUGCAUCGCACGCAUGAUGAGAUUGUCCUCCUGCAUUGCUUCCUCUGGCCCCUGGUGACAUUUGUGGUGGGCGUUCUCAUUGUGGUCCUGACCAUCUGUGCCAAGAGCCUGGCAGUCAAGGCAGAAGCCAUGAAGAAGCGCAAGUUCUCUUAAAGGGGAGUCGGCUUAUAGGAAGCAAAGCACAGAAGCUGCACUCAUCUGCACACAUCUACCUGCAGAGCCUGCUUCCUGGCGCAGGAGAUGGAAGGGGCUGUGAGAGGUCUCUGAGAGGCUCCCCCUCAAUGAUAGCAGAAACAGGCACAACCGGAAGGCUUGGAACCUCAUAGAUUGUUUUCCAUGUGUUGUAGCGAUGGCUAAAGGGUCAAGCUGUAAGGAGUAUCUGUUUCAGAAAAUCCAAUAGAAGUUAAUUUUCUUCGGGAAGUAACAGUAUAUAAUUGUACAGUGUAGAAUACAAACCAUUAUGAUUUAUGCUACUUAAAAAUAUUAAAAGAGAGUUGUCUGUGUUCUUUUCUAUUUUCUUUUUUUAUGCUUAGAACACCAGGGUUUUAAAAAAGGGUCUUACGGGUUUCAUUUGAUUUUGCUAGAUUAAACUUUUACUUGGAGACAGGAAUUCCUGCACAAGUCUUGACCUCACAAUGUAAUCCCCAGUUUCCACUAUUAAAGAGUACCUUUUGACUCCUGCUUGAAAAAGGAAAACUGCACUGUUAACUCAGACUCCAGUCACUCCUGUGACUCUUCAGCAAGGAACCCUCAAAGAUUGGGAAAACAUUCUCCCCACUCGCCUUUGUUUUUCACCAGAUUAUUUCUUAAGAGAGGGAGAUGAUUCUGAACAAGGCCUGUCCUAGCUCUAAGAGGACUGUGCCUCUUUGUUCAUCUGUUCAGGUUAUUUUUGAUGGAUUUUAUCUCUGUGCAGUAGAAUGUACACGAUGUGAAGGACACUUUUCAGCUUAGUUAAAUGCUAUUUUCAUUUCUUUUUUCUUUUAGGUCAGAAAAAAAAAUAGUCAAAAUCAGUUAAACAUUUUAUUAUAUUUUCUUUGUCCUUCCUUGGAUGUUUUCAGUAUUAAAACGAAAAUAUUGCUGCAGUUGUUUCAUUUGCUUGGACACACCUGGAGAUGCAAGCCAGCUCACAUCACUCUGCUGAUGAGCUCUCUGUGCCUUUAUCAAAAAUUCACUGAGGAGACCAUACUUCUUUGCAUCUGUUCAUAAACUCAGAUUGCAAAUAUCAAUCACAGGUCUCAGUGAAUAUCAAACCUACCCUAUUUAUUUACCAUGUGGAAUCAAACCUUUGUUUAGAUGAGAUGUACAUUUUUGGUCAAGGAAAAACUGACAACAUAAUCUCUUUUUUGCUUUCUUCUAAUAUCCUUCAGACAUGCUUCUAUUAGAAUAAAGGCAAACUGGAAUUUAAGGGCAAGCUUCCCUCAGUUAUUUGUGCAGCAUUCCAAGAAAGAUACGUAUUAGUGGAAUGAUGAUUUCCUGAUUUUAAUCCACAUACCAGUGUUUUCUUAAUUCUAGAACGCAAGUAAUUGAGUGAGCCAUUGUCUUCUGUGGAAGACUAGGGUGUUGGGUGAUAUUUUUAUUCCAAUUCAAGUGUUACAGAUUUCACUGUGAAAAAGGCCUUGAACACACUAUUUAUGACAUCCUUUGAGGCAGCUACAGUGCCUUGACUUCAAUCCCAGUUUUCUGUUGCAGCAUCCCUGUUGUCUUAGCAACACAGUGAACCAUUCUGAAGCACAGAGUAACACGAAACUGGGAAUCAGAGAAAGUCACCUUUGCAUCACAAUGUGAGAGAUAAAGUCUACUUUAUCCAUUUUUAUCUUAACCCAAUAAUCUGUGAUGAAGUGAUUACAGGGAGUAGAUAAAAAUAGUGCAUCAACGUUUGUGUUGGUAAAAAGGGAAGGUGAUAUAUAUUGAUGAGUUUUUAUUUACCAGUUUUUUACUUAUCCAUUUAUAUUAACUAAAUGCUUCCAUUUAGGCUCAAAGAGUAUACCUGAUUAUAUUCUGUAGGCUGAUUUUUUGGAAAAAAGGAGAAGCAUGCUGAAUGACUGAGGUCACAUAUAGUUUUAAGGUCUUCCUUGCUUGUAGCCAGUUAAAUUUGAGGUUCUUUAUUAUACUUAUCAUAAAAGAUAGAAUUUGAAGGAACAAGAAGACAUUUUUAAGAUCAUAGAUGGUAAAGAAGUUUAACUUCUUAAUAUUUUAAUUUUCUUUUUUAUAUAAGCAAGGAAAUGGUAUAAGCUGCUAGAACAGAAACCCCAAAAUAUGAUGACUCAUGUAAGAUAGGAGUUGAUUUCUUUCUCAUAGAGCAAUCCGGAGGUAGUUGAGAAGUCCAGGACAGGGAGGAUAGCCUCUGUUUCAUAAGGUAAUCAAGGGAUCCAGAAUCUGUCUACCUUGUUGUCCUCUCAUUACCAAAUGUGUUAUUCUCCCCAUAGUCAAAGCUGGCUCAAAGAAGCACAGCCAGUUUGUAGCCUGUGAAAAGAGAGGAGUUUGGGAGCUAGCUGUUUCCUUUUAAGGAAGCUCCACCCAUCACUGUACUCAGAGUCCAUUCGUGAAUACUGACUACAUAACUAUACCUGGCUUCAAGGACUGCUGGAACAUGUUAUCUCCAGCUAGAUGGACAUAUGUCCUACUAAAACUCUGGGGGAAAAAAAAAAAAGGAGAGAGUGAAUACUACAGUAAAAGACAGGAAUGAUGGGCAGCUGUCCAUGGCCGGUGCCAUGAUGAACAUCUGAGCAGGGAUGACAAAGAUCUCUUGCCCUGGCAGGAUAUACAGUCCUUGGUAAGACUUUGCUCUCUGGGAGGAACUCCCUUGACCACUGCCUUCUGUGGCCUCUAAUUGACUUCCAGGAAAUUCUUGCUCUUCAGAUCACGUAGCCACGUACGCAACUUUUGGGAGGCGUCACAGCUUUUGCAGGCCCCUGCCUGCUGGUGGAGAUUUGUAGACCUAGAUUUCUUUAGAGACUGAACAAAUGUAGAUUUUUAUAGUUUAUAGGAUUGUUGUUUAAUUGACUGUUGUACGGAGUCUGACUCCAUUUUCGAUGUUUGACUGAUAACAGCUUUCCCUUUCUGCUCCCCAUUCCCUUUCCCCUUCUGUUCCACAUCUGGGCAAGCUGAUUAGAGAGCCUGGGUACCCCCUGCUUUGGACUGGCUGGGAAGUUCAAUCCACACAAGCCCUGGCCUGCUCGCAGGAAACCUCUCCCUGCCCCACACCCUAAGAAGAAUAAAAGCCAAGCGAGUCAAGUCAUUUUUGGAUCUACUCGGGAACUGCCCCACUCUCCCAGAAAGUGUCAUUCAUUAUGUGAAUAAUAAACCUUUUCAUACCCUCUU